UGCAUGUGUGAAGCUUUGAAGUGUAGAAAUGCCAUACAAACGAACAGAGCUGCAAAAGCUGCUUAACUCGAAUCUCAACUGAUUCCGUCACCAAAACUAAAUAAUAAAUAAAUCGUUAAAAUGCAUUUAUUUAACCAGUUUUUAACUUAUUAUUAUUAUGAAGUUCUCACAACAUAGAAACAAUGUUUAUGUAGUAGCCUAAUGCGUCCUAAUUAAUGCUUGCUGGAUGUCAAUGGAUUUUAUCAAUAUUACUCACGACGUGAUUCCGUUUGAAAUUCAAUAAAUAUUCAAUGUUAAAUAUUUGUGAUUGUCUCAUGCUGUUGUGACGGAUUUUGUAGAGCACCAUGCUGUCCUGCCAAGAUCUGAGCUUUGCGGGAGGGCAGCGCUAUGAGUACUGCGCCUCGACGUCAGCUGAUGGCAGUGUUGACGUUUCCACAACAACGCUGGUCUCCCUCUGGGACGCGGGUCCCCUGGACAACGCUGCCCGCCAGCACGAGCCGCCGCGGCGGGAUUCACUGCUUGAGAAUGGACUGGGACAUCAGCCCACCUGGCAUGACCAACUGUCACCUCAGCUUCAACGAAACAAACAGCUCCAAGACACCUUAAUGCAAAGAGAGGAAGAGCUGGCCCGACUGCAAGAAGAGAACAGCAAGCUCAAAGAGUUUUUAAACUCGUCAUAUGUGAAGUCUUUGGAGGAAAAAACUAAGAAACUUCUUUCUAUCGGCAAGGCCCCAGAUGUGUCAAGGCACCGGAAACGAAUGCAUGGUGAUUUCCUGAACCUGAGCCAGUUGCUUCACACUAGCGAGGGCAAGCGCACUUGCCGAAACCUCUCUUUGGAGUUUUGCUCUGCAGAAGAGCUAGCAGCCACCCCACCUCUAGACUCAUGGAUACUAGAGACUCUAGGUCUGCAAGACGAGAACACCAUCAACCCAGAACGCAGUUUGAACACCCCUUCUUUCAGCUGUCCACUUCCUACUGAAGAUAAUUACAGUGUGGACAACACAACUGGCUUCAGUCCUAAUGCAGGAACACACUGCGAUUACAACAGCAUUGUAGACUCGAGCAGCAACUGCAGUCUAGACACAUCCAGUGGCUACAGCACCUCUCAGAGCAUGGGUUCAGAUUACUCAACCCUUGACCCCUCAGCUCUGUACACCAUUACGUCUACAGGGUCACCGGUCAGCUCUCCACCAGCAAUGACAACCACUCAACACUUCACGCCACCACGAGCUGCUUCCACACCAUAUCGACCUCAGGAUGUAAGUCCAUACUACAGCACACCAGGCUGUGGUUCCUCCACAUCACCAGGGGGCGACAGUCAGCAGUUCUCCACACCUCGUAUGUCCCGUAGCAAGACCGAUUUAGCAUUUAGCAUGUCACUAAGUCCACAAAACAGCGUGAAGACGCACAGUUUCCCUCAAGGACAAGCUUUCACACGCAGAGAUGCGCAAGGUGGAUGGAACUUCACCUGGGUGCCCAAACAAUGUUCCUAGAGGAUUGUGAGAGGAAAAAGCCAACUCAAGGUGCCCCAUACUGUACUUGCUAGAAACGCAACAACUUAUGUAUGAUAAUACUUUAUCAUUGCAUAGCUUUGUAUAUAUUGUCAUUGUGAAUAUGUAUAGAGUGUUUUUAUACAUUAUGAUCGAAAGGCUUUGUCUUUG